AGCGCAUUUCCGGACUGUGCAUUGUAUAUGUGUCAACCAUUAUCUGUGAAAUGCGUCAUGUCAUUUUCUUUUUGAAAUGAAUUGAAAGUUUGUGGUUGUGUAAACGUUAAAGUGGGUGAAAUCAGUGUGUUGGCUUGCAGCUGAGGGGGUUUGGAUUGGACACGUACAUGAGGGAGGAAACGUUACGUGUUGAAAAACUGAACUUUGAUUUGACUCGUAAGUACAUGGAUGAACAUGGAUGUUAUGGAGUGAGGCUCCGGGGCUAAAGGGCCAGACUUUGGGAGCAUGGACUCAGCAGAUGGAGAAAGUUCGGGUUUAGCUUUAGACCCAGGAGGAAAAGAACCCAAAUUAAAUGGCAAAGUUCAGUCAACAAAAGAAGCGGCAAUCGGAAGGCAGUUCAGUGAACCUGGCCGAUUUGCCUACGCCGCAUUGUGUGGUGUGUCUCUCGGUCACCUUUUCUCAGGAUCAGAACAAAGGUCAUUUCGGGAGCAGUAUCUGGAAGGCUUAGUGCAUUGGCUGGGUCUUGACGAGUCUGUAAUGCCAGUGAUGCAGGCCUUCCUGGCUGGACUUGGGUGCGAAGGCAGUGACACCUUCCUGUCCAUUCUUCAGGCAGAGCCACUACUCAGCACUGGAGCUUUGCCUAUUACACAGGAUCUUGUUUCCUUCUCUAUCCGAGAUGGUGAGUAUGAUGCCAGGGCUCGCGUCCUGAUCCGACAUGUCAGCUGCCUACUGCGUGUCUGUCCUCAGCAGCUUGAAGAUUUUGAGGAGACACUCGGAGAACGGUUGAGACAGGGAGGGGAGGAGAGCGAAGAAGAGUCAUCAAGAAGACGGAAGAAAGAAAGAGGGCGUGCACUGCGGCGUUACUUGCUGAUAGGUCUUGCCACUGUUGGUGGGGGUACAGUACUAGGUGUGACGGGGGGCCUGGCUGCACCUUUAGUGGCUGCGGGAGCAGGUGCAGUUUUGGGUGCAGGAGGAGCCGCCGUUCUGGGCUCAGCCACUGGUAUUGCCAUCAUGGCCUCCCUGUUUGGCGCUGCAGGAGCUGGAUUAACUGGCUAUAAGAUGAACAAGCGAGUUGGUGCAAUUGAGGAAUUUGAGUUCCUUCCUUUAAACUCAGGGAAGCACCUUCAUGUGACUGUGGCUGUAACAGGAUGGCUGUGCAGUGGCAAAUACAGUUCCUUUCAGGCUCCAUGGCAGAGUCUGGGUGCCUGUGGAGAGCAGUACUGUCUGAAGUGGGAGUCCCGCUACCUACAGAAUCUGGGCUCUGUCCUGGACACACUGUGGGAUGGGCUGGUCAGCAUUGUGGCCCAGGAGGCCCUCAAAUACACAGUGCUAUCAGGCAUCGUUACUGCGCUCACCUGGCCCGCAUCUCUGCUGGCGGUGGCGAGCGUGAUUGAUAACCCAUGGGGAGUAUGUCUGAGUCGCUCAGCCGAGGUGGGAAAGCAUCUCGCCCAAGUCCUCCGGAGCAGGCAACAGGGAAAGCGACCUGUCAGUCUGAUUGGUUUUAGCCUUGGAGCUAGAGUGAUCUAUUUCUGUUUGGAAGAACUUGCCAAUGACAAAGGUAGUGAAGGUGUCAUAGAGGAUGUGGUUCUGCUUGGAGCGCCUGUGGACGGAUCAGAGAAAACGUGGAAGCGGCUCUCGAAGGUUGUUGCUGGGAAGAUUGUCAAUGGUUAUUGCAGGGGAGAUUGGCUUCUUGGAUUUGUUUAUAGAGGUUCAUCUGUUCAGCUGUCUGUUGCAGGGUUGCAGCCAAUCAACUCAAAUAAUCGCCGCAUAAUUAACGUGGAUCUGUCUUCUGUGGUCAAAGGUCACUUGGACUACAUGCGUCAGAUGGACACUAUCCUUGUAGCAGUUGGCUUUCCUACAAAGGAGGGAGCUGAAACUACACCUGGCCAUUCUCACUCAGUGAUGUUAAGUGAGGGGAAACUGGACACUCUAGAGGCCCAGCCCAUCAAAGAGAAUGGACAACGUGAGGAACACCUUAUAGAGGCUUCAAACAAAAGUGAGGAGGCUAAUGUGAAGAAUGAAUUCACAGAGACUGAAGGAGACGAACACAGUGCUGGGAGAGCACAGGAGAAUGGCUGGGAUAUUCCAGACAUAUCUGACUUGCUAGACUCAUUAAGUGUCUCUGAGACUGCACAAAAGGACAGCAAUUUUUUCACUUGCACUCAGGGCAUUGAAGGCUCAGACUGUCAGUGCAUACAGGAGGAAGAGGGUCAAAGUGACACAGACACAGGGGCACCCUCAGUCAAGCGUUUCUACCUGGUUGGGCAGAAGCAAAGGCAGGUGAAUCUCUGCGUGUUCAGCAUCAAGCAGGUUUACAGCAUCUGUGGCUGUAGCAGGAGGCUGUGGCGGGUCGGAAGCAGUCGAAGGUGGCUCUAUCUGUAACUGAGGCUCUCCUGAAUUGCGCAGAGAAAGGGAGAGUGGAGGAGAUGGACGUCUGGGGAUGUGAGAAGAACAGCAGCAGGGCAACAGUCGCCCCAAGGCUCUCUUAAAAUCCCGCAUGAACAGCGGGUAGAUAAUAGGGUUCAUGGUGCUGUUACAGUAGCCGAGCCAAGUAAUGGCAUCAAACAGAGAAGGAGGCACGCACUCACAUACAGCCUAAACAAACAACACACAAAGGUCACUCUGAGGAGCAAGAAGGGGGUCAAUAUACAGAGCAGGCUAGAAGAAAGGAAAAUGUCAAUGAUGUCUAGUGUGUACAGAGAAAAGGUGAAGGGGAGGCUUGAGGAAAGAUGAAAAGGGUAGAAAAGUGUGUGUGUGUGUGUUAGAGAGAGAGAGACAGGGAGAUAUUCACACACCAUAUUGCGUGUGAAGGAGGGAAAGAGACAGACGGGGCCCAAAAACGCUCCAUGCUGGUGGUGUUUUCUGUGGGCGAAGAGUGUCAGUGCAGAUAGGGGGUGUGAGCUUGGUGAAUUAGUGAAUGCAAAAUGGGUCUAAUUACAGAUUUAAAUAGGGGAGUUUAUUUGUCUUUCAAACAUCAGGCCAUCACGCAUUGUUUGUGCUGGCACUGAGGUGUGUAAUUAAGCAUAAUUAGAAAAAUUUUGUGCCUUUUAAGCAAACUUAAAAAGGUCAAAAUCAAAUGUAGAACAAAUGUCAAAACGACUUUUAAUAACCAAGGAGUUGGGGAUGCCUACCUGUGCCAUAUUGGUGAUGAAGAAGGGCAGCCAUGCACUGAAGAACAGUCCCAACAGCACUCCCAGUGUCAGACUAGCCUUCAGCGCCUUCUUCCCCUGCCUGUGAGCCAGACGCCGUUCGCUGUUUACCGACAGCUGUGAGGGGGAAGGCCAGGCGCAUUCAAACAGUCUUGACUAAUGUUUCAUUUUUCUUAAAUGAGGCAUGUUCUCUAAGUUGGUGGUGAUUGUUUAUGUUCCCAUUUCUCAGAAAAUUAUUUAAUAUAUUCUAUGAGUUUUCAAGAGCAUUAUGAAAACGCUCUUUGGAAAUUUUUUUAAAGCCCUUUCAAGGUUCUUUUGCACAGUUUUUCUUUGAUUAUAUGAAGGACAUCAUCAGCAAUUGCUGUAUUCUACUUUUAUGUACUGGGAAAAUACAGUAGAAGAGCAAAAAGGCAAGGCUACAGCAAGGGCAUAUGGUUGUAUAAUUCACUUGCAAAGUAAAAUUUUGUGCAACAAUUUUACAAUUUUUAUUUCAUUUUUCCUUAUUUCAUACC